AUGCCUGCUUUACCUAUUCCCCAAAAGCUAUAUAGAAAAAAGUUGGACAAGCAGUUUGAGAGAUUUCUGGAUAUGCUGAAACAAGUUAAUGUAAACUUACCAUUCACAGAAGUGCUUUCACAAAUGCCGGCUUAUGCCAAAUUCUUGAAGGAGAUCCUGACAAAGAAGAGGAAAAUAGAGGAGACCUUAGUGAUCAAACUCACUGAGCAUUGUAGUGCGAUCCUGCAAAAUAAACUCCCACAGAAGAAACUGCAGAAUGAGAUUGGAGAGAUAAGGUCUGCACCAAUAUCUUUGCAUCUGGCAGACCAAACAACGCUAAUACCAAAUGGGAUAGUUGAAGAUGUUUUGGUUCGAGUGGAUAAGUUUGUAUUUCCUAUAGAUUUUAUAGUGGUGAAGAUGGAGGAGAACAAGGAGGUCCCCCUCAUCCUAGGAAGACCAUUCUUAGCAACGGGUAGAAAAAUAAAUAUACACGUGAGAAAACUCAUGCUUAGAGUGGGUGAGGAGACUGUAACUUUCAAGAUGGAUGUAGAAACGGGGAUAAAAACGGAAAAACAACUGCAAGUGUUGAAUGGAAAGUGA